AUGAAUAAUAUUAUGGAUGAAAGAAUGUUGGGAGAGGAGGAAACUAGAUGGCUGGUGGUCGGCAUUUGCCUUUCAAAAGUUCUUACACCAGUAUUAAGAGAGGUUAUUAAAGAAGAAGUACCAAAACUGUAUGAAAAGCUUAUUCAACCACCUACAAGCAUCCAUUUACUAACAUUUGCUUCCCGUUUAAGAUCCCUUCCACCUUCCUCUCACUGUUUGAACUACAUCAACAUCAACAACAAUGAAACUCGAGGACGACCAGAAAACUAUGAUUACCGUGUUAAGGAUGAUGUUUCUUUUGCCAAAUUGUAUGUGAAGCCCCGCAUGGCAAGUUUUACAGCAUUUGAUGAGUCUCUAGAUACCUCUGCUGCUCUUUCCAUUUUAUGCGGGACACCAGUCUUUGUUUAUUAUGGAAUUGAUUUCUUUGCUGCGGAAGUGCGUUCUAAAGUCCGAAAUGAAUGGGGUCACUGUAAGUUUGCCACAUGGACUGAAACAUACUAUAAUAACUGUUUUCAACUGAUGGAAGACCUGAUCACAAAGUUAAGUGACCAUGUGGCUGUUGAUACUAAACAAGUUAUGGAAGAUUUGAAGGAAUGGAAGAAAAGAGGUUGGUAGGAAAUCUUGUUACAGUAAACACACAUUUCAACAAUAAAAAAAAUAUUAUUUGCCUGGCUGUUAAUAUUUAAGGAAGAAGGAAAGGGAUGAUCGAAGGAUUUUUUUGGGUUUGAAAUUUAUGAUUUCGGGAUUUUACGGGGUAGAAAAAUUUUGACAUGUUUUUUUAGGGGGUAGCUUGAUUUAAGUACAGAUUUUUGGGGGAAUUCAAAACAAUCUGAAGAGUCAUGAUGGUUCCCAUGUAUCGCAGCCGCGUAGUUCCGCAAAUAAAAUAGAACCAAACUUGUUUUGUGACUGUUUUAAUAUUUAACACAUCUAAGAAUCUGUAAAAAACGUUGUAGGGUUGUUCGUAAUGUUCUUGCCCAAGGUGGUCUUGUUUAAAGUUGUCAUUCCGCAUAAUGUUAUUGUUGUAACAGAAUAUUUUCUUGGGUGUCUCAAGUGUUGUUAGAAUGACCACCAGAUGUGUAGCCUGUUCCAGGCGUUCAGAUAGUGGAGUGCGUUGCAAAGGAAAAGAGCGAGAAAAAAAUACCCCCUACCCCACCCCCUUGUUUUUUUUUUUUCUGCUCACAUCUUUUUGGCGUUGUCUCAAUGAUCUGAACACCUGGAACAGGCUAUUUACUCCAGAUGGUGUGAUGAACAUAAACAAACACAAACAUUCCAUUACUAAUGUUUCUAUUUUUCGUGUUACAUCAUUAUUUUAAUGCUUUCUGGAAAUUUUUAUGGCUUAGAAAUUCGGCAUGAGAUUUUUUGGGGUUAUAAUGUUGGUCCAGGGAUGUUUGGAGGUUUUGUUUGAAGCACUAGGGAUUUUUUGGGGUUUGCUUUUUUGCCCCCAUUCAAUCAUCCCUGUCCCUUAAAAUCCGGAGUACCCCCCUAAGGUAAUAGAGUUGCAUUGUGCAAUGUCUGAAGCUGUUUUAGAUUAAAAUCAGUUGCUACUUGGAGUGUCCUUGGAAAAUAUUGUGAUAUUAAAUGUGUCUGACUCUGUAGGAAAGGAGAUGUGUUUUGGAAAGGAGAUUAACAGUGAUGUACUUAAACUUGUUAAAGAUGAGAUGAAUACAUUAGUGACAUCUGUUGAGGUAAACAAGGAUGCCUGGAUGCAAGAUCAUAAGGGACUGAAAGAAAACCUUUGCAAUUUGACACAGCUGUUUGGGCUUGAAAUCGAAAGGCUGGAAGCUAAACAUGUAGCUUUAGAAAGCAGUCUUAAAGAACUCAAAGGGGAUCAGGCAAAGAUAACUGAAUCGCUGGUAGGAAACAAAACUGCAACCAAAUCAAAUGCAUCUUUGAUCAAAGAAGUGAAAGGAACUCUUGAGGAGCAACAGAGAGGCCUUCAAAGCCGACAAGAUGUCCUGGAAAAAAUAGUGACUGGUUUAGCACAAGGCGUGGAUAAACUGAUCUCAAAGAGAAAUCUCUUCUUUAAAACUGGUAAUGGUUUCAGUAAGAAUGUUCAAGAUUAUGGACACACUCUACUCCUUUUAUAAGUGUAUUUAAAUAUGAUAUAAACAAUUUUUUUUUUUAAUUUAUUGGAUGUGAAUUCCGGAAUAAUCAAGUUUGAGGUAAUAAUCAAAUAAUCAAAGGCCGCGGCUGAUAACACUUACCGAGACCUUGAUUAUUUACCAUUUGGAGCAUAAUUAUAAAUUCUUUAGAGUGAAUUUACUUGAACAGUGAAAUAGGUAGUAGAAUUACUAUGCACUAUUAUGCACUGAUUUUAUUGUCUUCUUUUGUUUACCUCUCACUAUUUUCCAUUAUUUGUUAGUUUCACGGUUCAAGUAAAAUCACUCUUAAGAGCUUCAAGUGAUGAGCUUAUAUAUGCAAUUUUUAGAACACGAUUACAUAAUAAAUUCGACCAUUUCUAAUUAUUUAUUUGUUGUCAUUGCUUCCAUUUAACAGGACUUGUGUGGAAAAUCCCUCUUGCUGUUUUGCUUGUUUUUCUGCUAGUCUUCUUGUAUGAACACUACACCAGGGGAUCUAUGCUUCGUUACUGGUAUUGUCAUAGAGGCUCCCUAAAAGAAGGUCAAACUUUGUCUUUUGUCUUCACCACUCAUGACCGACAGGUACAUUUCUAUGAUUAUUUGGGUAUGUGCUUUUUUAUUAUUUCCACUCUUGCCAGAACACUAGGGUGCAGUCUGGAACAUUGGGUAUAGAAAAUCACAUUUUGGGAAGCAUGCCUAACACAUCCCCGCCUAAAUAUGGCAGAAAUACCCCCUCCCCCCAAACAGGAGUUGUAAAGCAUUUGAUCCUAUCCAGUGGCAUAUCCUUACUGGUCUCUUACCAGUUAAGGCUUCGUCACUUCUCUACUGGAGCCAAAACCUGGGGAUGGCCGCAGCAAAAAUUGGGAGCUAUUGCAGACUUUAUUUUGAAAAAACCUGAGUAUUUUCACUUCGCUUUCGUUGGUCCCCGGUACAAAACCACACAAAUCUUACUUUACUGCCUAGUUAAAUGAGCUCAACAGCCAUUAUAAUUUACUGUCAAAUGUUUCAUAUUUUAUUCAUGUAUUACUGACAAGCAAUGCACAAUAAUAUUACCUAGUAUCAACUUGCAAGCUAGUUAUUGUUAGUGUCAAGUUUGAAGCUAGUUUUUGUUAGUGUCAACUUAUAAGCACCAUUUAUCGUACGGUGUUUAUGUAAUUUACUGUCUGUAAGUACCUGUUUUUGUUGAGACUGCAAAAAAAAGACUUUGUCACCUCAUGUUCAAGGUGACUUGAAUUAAUGUGCUCAGAAAACUUGAGUAUUUCUGAAAAAUGGGACAAAUUUAUUCCAACACCUGCCUGGGUUUUUGUUAAGAAACUUACGGUGCAUGAAAAUUUUAAAAAAAGGGAACAUGUAAAAUCAUGGUCUUCUUUUUCAAAAUAUAUCCAUUUUCAUUUGGAACUUUUUGAAAUUCAAAGUUACAGGAGAUUCACUCAACUAAAAAAAAAGUUUUGAUGAAAAAAAAGAUCACUGGGCUGACAUGUUAUAUUUGAGUCUUGUCUUAAGUAUUAGUCCUGGCUGAAAAGCCAAUGAGAUCUGUUAUUAAGGGAGUUGUUACUUAUAUGCUUUUUGAUGAUUAUAGACACCAACAGUAAAUGGAGUUGAGUUCAGUUGGAAGGAUGUUAAAAAGAAACUGAAUCUCUCAUUUGAUCCCCUCUCUGCAUCAGGUACUACCGUAAACAAUCAAUAAAUUGUCCUGUUUUUUAGUAAAGAAGCCAAGAAAUGGAAAAUUUUUUUUACACCACUUUUUCGUUUUAAAUUUGUAACCUUGUUUGCACCCGAGAUGUGAAAUUUUUCGACUUACUAGAGAAGUCAAUUAAAGGAACUUCAGUUGGUCAUGUUAGCAAUUUGUUGCCUGGCAAAAAAUUGUAAAUUGUAGGCGUCCAAAUCUACUCAACAGCAUCUUUGAAUUUUGGUGACGCUUGAGAAAUUUUGCUGGGUGAAAAAAUGAAAAUCAAAACAAAAUUUUGUAUACUGCAAAUGGGGUUUUAUUAAUGGGAGGCAUUACCAAGGCCUCACCCCUCCCCCAGAUGUAAAUAGGGGUAGCAAAAAGUGGAUGACAUUUAAAGGCAUGUACACAGGUCAAAGUUGAAGUAAAAGUGUUAUUCUUUAGAUAGCAGAUGUCAUCCGUUGAGUUGUAUUUUUGCCAUGUUUUUAGGUAAUUGUAAUUUCUUCUUUGCAAAAUGUGUGCAAUUUUCUGCCAUUUUCUCUAGCUCUAACAAAACAGCUGGCCUAAUGUAACCUUUCCCCAUGGUUUCUUGGUUCAUCCCUUUUUCGGUGGAUAUACUGCACUACUGACAUCAUUUUACAGUAUAUUGCAAACAUCGUCCAAAUUUGGACAUCAUAGCUGGUUAUAAUUAGCCAGGGGAUCUAAGCCUAUCAAAAAUAGAGAAACAUUUUGAACCAGGGCACACGCCAAAGGAACAUUAUUUAUAACUCCAUAAAAUUAAUCUUGUGUUGGUUCUUUUUUCAAGGUGUUCGCUACUACCUCAACAUAGAUCGCUGUGCAUUCGGUGGUGUAAUAGCUGUUCGCUCCUCAUUAGACAACACACCUCAGGUCCGAGGUGCAGAGGUGUUUGCUGUGACUACUGAUUGCUCUGUGUUUUAUGAAGAGGAUGGAUAUUGGAAACCUUACCAAAGUGCACGGAGAAUCCAAUGCAUGAGGUCAAAUCGAUUAAUUUCGAGUCUGGAAUGUUGCAACCAAUAUUAAAGCAAAAAGGUGAAGGAUGUGUGCGUUGGCAGAAGUGGGC